AUGUAUGAAGUAUCCUCGAAGGAGGCGCCAAGCAAACCGGAUGUCGAAGGAAGUGCUAAAAGAACACCUCUGGAUAGAAUUCGAAGCCUGGAGGCGUCAAUAGCUGAUUUGAAGGCGACCGUACAGAUGCUGGCGCCAGGCGUGAGACCAGACGUGAGGAGAACUCUUGGUGUAGUACGACAAGAACGGCAAGCUGCGGAUAAGAACGUUACAAGCAACAGCAGUGUUGAUGAUAAUGACGUCUCUGGGAGUGUGGGUAGUGGCGGUGCCAGUAAUAGAGCGCCUGCAAACGAGGACGUUGAGCCGGCGGAUCGACAUGUCUAUUCGUCCCCUGCUGAGGUUGUGCGAAAAGUCGGAAGUCAACUAAGCGGAGGCUAUCGACGAACAUUCGACGUUCAGGCUGAUCUUGUUUCCCUGGGCAUUCUAGAUGACAAGACAGCUCGCGGUUUAGUUGCUGAGUUUGUCCAUCGAAGGAAACAUACCUUGCUUCUCAAUAGCGAGGUUGAUCUGGCGCCGAGGAAUAGAGACUUGCGGCAUGCUUCGCCAUUUCUACACGAUGCCUGUUGUCUUCACGCCAUGAGGUUCUCUGAACAUAGCUCGUCAGGGUUACACCGACGUGUAUUCGAGCAUGUACGCCUACAGCUCGGCCAAUUGAUGAUCGCAAGCCCGCUGCCUCUGGAGGAGCUUAUGGGAAUUCUUAUUAUGAGUCUUUGGGCAUCUUCCCCAUCGAGUCCAGAGUACAUCGACAGCUGGCUGCUAAGUGGGCAUUGCGCCCAGCAGGCAAUGUUGAGCAUCAACUUCUCCGAAAUUCUGAGUAGGACAAAAGCCCGGAAAUCAACUGAAGACGAUCAGAGAGUCGUACGGUUCUGGGCCAAUACCUGCCUUGUAAAUCUUCAUUGGGCGGCUACUACUGGAAGACCAGCUACCGUACCAUCCGACUAUCUCGCGCAAUGCAAACUUCUUCUCAACUUUGAGGAGGUCACAAUGCGCGACGCCAUGAUGUACGCCGAGAUAACGCUGUACCUUAUCCUGCAAGAUAAACUCUCGCAGAGGUCAUAUCUCGGGGCCGAUGGCGAAUGCGAGGAGCUUGCGGCGUGGAAGUUGAGGUGGAACUAUUUGUUCGAGCUGCCAGCGGCCUCAACGUUGAGGAUAAGCCAUUCCAUUGCUUGGCUGAUUCUCGCGCGUCGAACCCUCGAACACAACCAGGCGUCGUCGGAUCAAGACUCUCUGUCAAGCUCACCGAGGUUACGGCCAGCCGACGCCGCCAGGCAUGAACCACCAAUCCCUCAACAGAACCCGGAACUCCACGACAUGGCGCACGCCAGAGUAUGCGGCUUCGCAACCGAGGUUGUCAGAGCGUUCGUGGAGAUGCCUUCAGCGCGGGCGGAAGAGCUGCCCGAAUUCCAUCGGCUGUGUGUGGCGUACGCGAUGCUCAUCAUUUCAAAGUACGAACAAGAGCCCGCGUCAGGCGUUUCUGGUAUGAGUAAUACCAAUGGAGGCAGCCAGGAGGUGCUGGCAUUGCUGAGGGCCGCGCAGAAACAGAACAUGGUGUGGUCGGCAAGCUCACCUUCUGCCAUCCAGUUCGGUCUGGAGAGGGCGCUGAAGAAGGUCACUGCGAGGGUUGAGGGAACGCGCGAAGUAGGCGCUACUCCUGCACCGACCGUCGUCACCGAUGACCGCGCGCCUCAUAGGAUUGCUAUGGCGUCCCCGGGGAAUCUCCGAGACCAACAUGGGGUUGCUAACGGAUCGUCCGCAGCUUGGGUUCAGCCCAAUCAAGAGGUGAGGGAGCAGCAGCAAGAUCACCCAUCAUCCUUCACGGGAGCUACACUUGUACCAGAGUUUGAUGGGUCCUUUUCUUUGGAGAUGAUAGACAACUUCUUCAACGGAGGGCAUCUUAGUCUUGGAGACCAUUCGCUCUUCUAG